CUCUGCACAUCGUCGUUCAGUUCUAAUGGAACCACUGCUAGGGUUCGAAGAGGAGACCAUUGAAGCUUAUAAUCAAGAGUCUUCGUCAUCCACACCUUCCGGUGACUACAAAUUGGUGCCCUGGUUGAACUGGGCCGAAUGGGAAUCUGUUAGAAAUUCCCUCUUCUCUUCUUCUCCACUCGAGAUUUCCUUUGCUCUCUCGAGAAUAUCGACGUGGCGGAGCAGAGGUUGUUUACCAGUUGUGAUUGAUGUCACUGCUUCAAUCGUUGAAAUUCAACAGUCCGAUCCUUUCUUCCGAGGCGACAAAUCAAACGAUGGUUCACAUUCAGAACAAAUGCUAGCUAUGUUGUAUUGCAUGGCAAUCUUGAGGCUUGUUAACUGUGUCAUCGAGAAGACACGGAAGAGAACUGGGAUUUCGAUUGCUGAUGCAGCCGAUGCCAUCGGUAUUCCGAGAAGACUGAUUGAUGUUCGUCAUGAGGGUUCUCACCGCGACCUACCAGCACUCACAAUUGCUCGGGAUUCAUCAGUCGUGGCACUUAACUGGCUGAAAUCCUAUUACUGGGAACCUCAGAAGAAGCAAAUUUCAUUUCAUAGAGAUGGAAUUGUUAAUGCUCAAAGAGAAAUCAAAUCCAAACUCCGUGAAUUGGCUUUAUACAUAAAAGUCCAGCAUAAUCCUGAACUUAGAUCUUUGCUAGUCAAAGGAAAAGGUGGCAGACAGGUCAAACAUCUUUGUGGCCGUAGUAAAUUCUUUUCACUUAUGGCUGGGAAGUUCCAUUCAUGCCAAUCUGGAGGUGCAAAGAAACAGAUUAGCAAAACCUUAAAAAGUCUUGUAAGCUUAUAUUCUACUUCAUCCUCAGAAGUAGUGUCUGUAUUAUUGGAAUUCUUGCUGAAGGCUUUAGAUUCUUCAAGCUCCAUGAACAUUUCAAAAGGGACCGAAGAUGGCCUAGAUAAACAUGAUGCAUUGGAUGAUUGGCAGCUUAUCAUAAAAAAAAUUUCAAAGAAGGAACCAGAAUUGCUUCAUGCCCUUCUUCAGAGGAUUCUAGAUAUGAUUGGGGCAAAGGAUGCAACAAAAUAUGAAACAGAAGGUCAGUCAACAUCAUCGGGGAGAAGACCAGAGGCUUACGAAAUAGAACCUCUCUCAUCUUUGUUUGCAUGGCUGGUUAGACAUUUGGAAUUAAAAGCCAGUCACAUCAAAGGUUCUGUUGGAAUAGGCAUGUCAAAUACAAUUCUGCUGGAUCUACUGCGUAAAUGUCUUUUGAUGUCGGCUUUCUGUAAUGACCAUCUCUUGGAUUCAGCCCUUCAUAUUGCACAGCUGGUCGGAAACAGUGUUUUGAUGGAGAAACUCAACAAACUCCGUUCCUUAGGUUUGUCAAGUACAGAGCUUAUGGAAGAAAAUACUUCAAAUGAGAUUUCGAGAAUUUUUAGUCAAAAUGAGGAAUAUAUUGAUCAAGCUGCUAAGAAGCUAGAACUUCUGAAACUUCGUCGAACGAAGAGAGCUGUCAUGAAAACAGCAGAAGUUAGAAAAUUGAACAGAUGGGUUGUGGCAAAAUCAUGGAAUCCAUGUCCACUCGGUAUGCUUCCACGUACUCUUGGGUCUUCUGGCCGCAUUCCGGUUCUUGAACGUGAUAGUGAUUGUCAAAAGGAUACAUGUGAAUCAAUGCAAGGGAAGAACAAGCGGGAACUUAAUGGGCAACGCGGCAAGAGAGAAGCCAGUGAUGAUAUCCAGCUAAUGAAUAUCCCAAGCCCGAAGAAACUAAAGGAAACGGUAGAGAACUACCAUGAAUCGGGUGGCGAAGACGUUUCUUCACCGAGCACUUGUGGGCACCUUAUGAUGGAUGGAGUGUGGAAGAAAGUUGGGGAAACAGAGGUGCAGGCUAUAGCGUCUGCUGUAAGGAUUUUGGUAUAGAAACUGCAUAUUUGGACCUGCUUUAGUGUUUGCUGUGAUUUAUUCAAAAACUGUGUGGAGAUUAUUUUUGCAGU